UCCACUUUUGAUUAAACUCUAUGCGUGGGGGGGUAAACGUUGUAAAUUUUGACAGCUAUGGCAUCUCAUCCCACAAAAAACGUUUAUUUACCAAUUUAAUUGAAAAUACAUUUUGGGGCGAAUGUAUACACGAAAGAUUUAAAUAAACGUCGUUAAUUUAAAAUUGGGCGAUGUCGGAAAGUAGCGAUACGGAGGAAUUCUACGACGCGGAAGAUAACACCCCAAUACACGGGACUAGAAAAAGCCGUAAACCAUCCAAAGAAACAGAAAAGAAAUCGAUCCCUAUUGUAUCCGAAGAUGAUGGUGAAAAGGAUAAAAUCAUAGAAAUCGAGAAACAGGAUAGUUUUAAUUUCCAACCCCCUUUGGUAUUAUUGCAAGGUGGGCGAAAGAAAUUUAAAGAAAUCAGGCAAAAAUUAACUGAUGAUGAAGAUGUAGUUGUUACCAAUAACACACCUCCAAAUUCAACCUCUUCCAUUGAAGGUGUUUACGCUUCUGGAACUAAAACUUCACACCCUUUUAGGGUUAUUGAACAUGAUACUGUUAGUUUACAAAGUUAUAACUCUUUAUUACGAGCUGGAAGAAUCCCUAAUAUUCCUGAUGGUAAGAAAAUCAUAAUAAUAAAAUUUGAUUAAAAAGGUGUAAUGCAA